AUGGACCUCGACAGGGCACUCGGCACCCUGGGAAUCUCGUCCGCCGGCGCGCCUGUCGCGCCGGUCAAGGCGAACACGGACAAGCCUCCCGUCAAGGUGCUCACCAAGAAGCAAAAGGAGGCGCUCGCGGCAAAGGAGGCGGAGGAGAAGCGGCGGAAGAAGGCAGCCGCGCUGGCGGCGGGCGACAAGCCGAAGAAGAAGAAGGACAAGCCCAAGCCGGCGGACGAGCCGGCGGACGCGGAGGCCUCCGCGUCCGCCGCCGCCGCCGGCGAGCAGGCUGCGGCUGCAGCGGCUGCUGCGAGCAAGGAGGAGGCUGCGGCGGCGGCCUCCAAGGAGGAAGCGCGGGCGGCGGCGGCGGCGGCGAGCAAGAAGGCCGCCGCCGCCGCCGCCGCGCGCGAGGCCGAGGCCAGCCGCGUCGCGAUGCGCCAGCUGCUCUCCCGCCUGGUGUCGGGCUCGCACGAGGCUACGGCGCAGGCGGUGCGGGCGGCGGCGGCGGCGGGCAAGGGGGGCGCGGCGAGCGAGGAGAGCGGGUUCGAGCUGCCCGAGGCGCCCUCCGUCGAGGCGCUCGAGCGCUUCCUCGCCGAGGCGGCUAGCGCAGCCUCCGCCUCGGCGGCGACGGCGGCUGCCAUCUACGUGAGCGCCUGCGCUUCGGGGCUCGGCAUGUCGGAGCGGCUCGGCUUCGCGUUCGAGCCGCUCGCGCUGCCGCAGCUGCCUCAGAUCGUCGCCCUGGUCGGCGACCGCGACCGCAAGGUCGGCGAGGCCGCCGUGCGCACGCUCGAGACGGUCGUGUCGUGCCUCGACCCGCUCGCGGCGCUCUACCACGGGAUGCGGACGGUCUCGUGGCACGUCAAGGAGGUUUGCUUGCGCACGGUUGGCCGCCUCGCCGCCCGCGCGCCGGGACCGCUCGGCGCCUGCAUGCCGGAGUGCGUCCCCGCGGUGAUCGAGUGCCUCAACGACUCGAACGCUAAGGUGAUCCCGACCAUGCUCUCCUGCGUCGACAACCCGGAGACGCAGUCGCUCAAGGCGAUGAUCGUGCGCGCGCUGCGAGAGCCGAGCUUCACUCUCGAGGCGGUGGACGAGAUCCUGAGCCAGACCUUCGUCAACGCGAUGGACGGCACCUCGCUCGCCUUUCUGAUGCCCAUCCUGCUGCGCGGACUCCGGUCGGAGACGUACGAGCUCGUCAAGAAGGCAGCCACUUGCGCCGGAAACAUGUGCGCCCUCAUCGUCAACGGCGCCGAGCUCGCGCCCUUCCUUCCCGAGCUCAACCCGGCGCUCGAAAUGGCGCUCGAGCACUCGUCGCCCGCCGUGCGCGCCGAGGCGGCCACGGCGCGCGACAAGCUGCUCGAGGGGGUUGGCGAGCUGCAGGCGUCCGCGCGAAAGGGCCGCGACGUCGUGAGCGAGCUGCUGCGCACGCGGCUCGCCGACGCGCUCGGCGCGGCGACCACGCCGCCCGAGGUUGCUGCUCACAUGGGCUCGCUCGGCACGUCGCUGCUCGAGCGGCUCUUCGCGGGCAAGCUGUCGACUUCGCUGCUCGCCGAGGCGCCGCAGCGGCUCGCGGCGGAGCUCGUCCCCCUCGCCGUCGCAGUCGGCGCGACGAGCCUGGCCGAGAAGCUUCCUCCCGUCUGCGAGGCUGCGGUGGAGGCGUUCGUCGAGCAGCUGCCGCUCCGCGCCCAGCAGGUGCUCACCUCCUCCGACGGCAAGGACUACCUCGUCGACGUGCAGAACUGCAUCCUCGCCUUUGCCGGCCGCGUCCUCCUCAAGAAGGCCGACAUCCGCUUCCAGCGCGGCCACCGGUACGGCCUCAUCGGCCAGAACGGCGUCGGCAAGACCACGCUGCUCAACCGGCUCUCGGCGGGCGACAUCCGCGGCUUCCCGCCCGGCCUAAACGUGCACUACAUCCGACACGAGGCGCCCGCCGGGCUCGCGGACGCCGCUGUGCGCAUCGAGGGCGUGCUCGCGGAGGUCGGCUUCACCGACGAGCUCCGCGCGAGCGAGGUCAACAACCUGUCCGGCGGCUGGAAGAUGAAGCUCAGCGUCGCCAUCUCGAUUCUGCACGCGCCCGAGCUGCUGCUGCUCGACGAGCCGACCAACCACCUCGACCGCAAGGCGGUCGAGUGGCUCAAGUCGCACCUUCUCUCCCUCACCGGCGUGACGAUGGCCAUCGUCUCGCACGACUACGCCUUCAUCGACGAGGUGUGCACCGACAUCACCCACUACGACAACGGCGGACACGCCGGCAAGCCGUGCCGCUUCGUCUACUACCCGAUGACAUUCCGCCAGUUCCAGCAGCUCCGGCCCGAGAUUGCGGCCGGCCUGCCCGCCAGCGGGAAGGCCACCGGCGCGGCGGACGACGGGACGGGGUACGUCGACCCGAGGACGGGCCUCGAGCUGUACGUCGACCCGAGGACGGGCCGGCUCAUCCCGUGGGGAGACGGCGCCGAGCCGUCCGACGAGGGCGGCUCGGAGAGCGGCACCGGCUCCGCCCUCUCCACCCUGUCCAACGUCGAGCAGCUCGUCGCGUCGGGCUCGAUCCUGCCGAUCCGCUUCCCCGACCCGGGCAAGCCGGAGGGGAUCCGCACCUACCGCAAGCCGGUGAUGACGAUGAAGGACAUCCACUUUACGUACGAGGGGAGCGAGCGCGCCAUCAUCACGUCCGCGAGCGUCACCGUGACGCUCGGCUCGCGCGUCGUCAUGCUCGGCGCAAACGGCGCGGGCAAGACGACGCUGCUCAAGCUGCUGAUCGGCGACCUCGAGCCGACGGAGGGCGUGGGCGAGGUGUGGAAGCACCACAACCUGCGCCUCGCCUACAUCGCGCAGCACUCGCUCCACCACCUCGAGGAGUACCUGCAGCAGACGCCGAUCGCCUACAUCCAGGAGCGCUUCCGGCAGGGCCUCGACGUCGAGCUGUCCAAGCUCAAGACGCUGGCCCUCACCGACGACGAGAAGGCGAUCCGCGACCAGACGGGCGCCGUCAAGGACGUCGUCGGCCGGCAGAAGCGCGGCAAGCAGGUCUGGUACGAGGUGGUCAAGCCGGGCCGCAAGGGCGAGGCGACGCAGUGGUACCCCCUCGAGGAGAUUGAGACCCAGUUCAAGCCGUACGUGCUCAAGAUGGUCAAAAACUACGACCUCAAGGUGCAGGCGCUCGAGUCCGGGCUCGCGGUGCGGCCGAUCACCUCGGCCGAGAUCCUCGAGCACCUCGACGACUUUGGGCUGGGCUCGGACCUCGCGCACGGCAAGAUCAAGCAGCUCUCGGGCGGGCAGCGGCAGCGGCUCGUCAUCUGCGCCGCCUUUUGGUCGAAGCCGCACCUCAUCGCCCUCGACGAGCCGACCAACUACCUCGACAACGACACGCUCGCCGCGCUCACGCAGGCGCUCAAGGGCUUCAAGGGCGCCGUCGUCACCGUCUCGCACAACGAGGAUUUUGUCAAGGAGAUCUCCAACGAGCGGUGGGUCGUCGCGGGUGGCAGCGUCACCGUCGAACAGCUUCGCGACGCAAAGGCGCGCUGA